AUGGAAAAGAUGUUCGCAAAUUCUGUUUUUCUAUUGCUUGGAGCUAUUUCUUUCAUAGCAACGGUCCAAGGCCAGGAUCAAUCAGGAUUUAUUAGCAUAGAUUGUGGGCUACCUGAAAAUUCCAAUUACACUGAAAAGAACACAGGAAUCAAUUACAUUUCAGAUGCUAAUUUCAUUGAUUCUGGUGUGAGUAAAACUGUGUCACCCCAAGAUAAGACUACUCAUCCACAAUAUUUUAAUUACCUUCGGAGUUUUCCUAAUGGAAUAAGAAAUUGUUACAGAAUAAAUGUAACAAGUGUUACUAGAUAUUUAAUCAGAGCUAGUUUUUUGUAUGGAAACUAUGAUGGUCUUAAUACGCUUCCAGAGUUUGAUCUUUAUCUUGGAGUUCAUUUUUGGGACACGGUAAAAUUCACAAAUUCUUCAGUCAGCAUAAACUAUGAGAUCAUUCACACUCUAUCGCUGGAUUAUAUCCAUAUCUGCUUGGUUAACAAAGGCACAGGGACACCAUUCAUUUCAGCUAUAGAAAUGAGGGUUUUGGGCAAUGUCGACUCUACUUAUAGCACUAUAGACUCAUCUACACGAUUGGCACGAUUCCGAAGGUUGUAUUUUAGUUCUAUCACCAACUUAAUAUACAGGUAUCAAGAUGAUCCUUAUGACCGGAUAUGGGAGCCUUAUUGGGACGACAAGUGGAGACUAAUAAGCAGCAACCAUAGCAAUCAUGCCCUUGAUCAGGAUGCCUUUAAUCCACCAGCAGUUGUGUUAGAGACUGCAGCCACAUCAAUAACUGCUACUGCCUCAUUAGAUUUCCAUUGGGACAAUGAUGACAAUGAAACUCAGCACCAAUACUAUUUCUACCUACACUUCACGGAGCUUCAGCAGUUGGGUGCAGAUCAUACAAGAUCAUUCAAUAUCAACAUGGAUGGUGAGACUUGGAAUACAGCUGAAUCACUCAAAUACGGAAAAGUAUACACCAAACAUGUUAGAGGACUUUCCUCUGGAUGCAGAAAGUGUAACAUUUCACUUAUUCGGACAGAAUCUUCCACCCUUCCACCCAUUAUCAGUGCUCUUGAGAUUUAUUUAGCGAAAAAUUUCUCAUCACAGUCAGAAACCGACAAAGACGACGCGGAUGCAGUCACAAACAUUAAGAAGGCUUAUAGGGUGAACAGUAGAAACUGGCAAGGAGAUCCAUGUCUUCCCAAUGCAUACAAAUGGCAAGGUGUAGACUGUAGCACUAUUGAUGGCUUUCUAAGAAUCACAUCCUUGAAUUUGUCUUCAAGUGGACUCACCGGACAUAUACUGACUGAUAUCUCCAAGCUUACUAUGUUAAAGUCCUUAGAUUUAUCAGACAAUGGUUUAAGUGGGAAUAUACCUAAUUUUUUGGCGCAACUGCAAUCACUAGAAUACUUAAACUUGGCAAACAACAACCUAACAGGGUCAGUUUCAAAUGAACUCCUUCAAAAACAAAGUGAUGGUCGAUUAACCUUGAGUGUGGGGAAAAAUCCAAAUCUUCUAUGUGUAACAACUUCAUGCACCCUGCAAACAAAUGCUACAAGAAAGAAAAAGAAUAAUGCAGUUAUUACAGUGGUAGCAUCAAUUGCAGGGAUAUUGCUGCUUCUAGGGAUUGCAGCAGUUAUAAUCGUUCGCCGAAGAAAGACCUAUGAUGCUGCUAAGAACGUUGUGCUUGGGAGGCGUCAUAAUCCAAUUAAGGAGUCAGAAAUGGAAACUAAGCAACGAGAGUAUUCAUUUAAUGAGGUGGUUAAGAUGACCAACAAUUUUGAUAGAAUUCUUGGCAGAGGUGGAUUCGGAACAGUUUACCAUGGCUUUAUUGAGGACAUUGAAGUGGCUGUCAAGAUGCUUUCGUUAUCAUCAGUGCAAGGAUAUCAACAAUUUAUUGCAGAGGUUAAGCUUAGAGUACAUCAUCAAAAUCUGACUUCUCUUAUUGGUUAUUGCAAUGAAGAAACUAAUAUAGGACUCAUCUAUGAAUACAUGAAAAAUGGAGAUUUAGAUAAAAAUCUUUCAGGAAAAAACAAUAGGGGAAGGUCUUUGAACUGGGAAGAUAGACUUCGAAUAGCAGUAGAUGCAGCCCAAGGAUUGGAAUAUCUGCAUAAUGGUUGUAAGCCACCAAUAAUUCACAGAGAUGUGAAAUGUCCAAAUAUUCUAUUAAAUGAAAACUUCCAUGCCAAACUGGCUGAUUUUGGAUUAUCCAAAUGUUUUGCGGCUGAGAGCGACACACAUGUGUCAACCAAUGUGGCGGGAACUCCAGGCUACCUAGAUCCUGAGUACACAACAUCAAAUAGAUUGACAGAAAAAAGUGAUGUGUAUAGUUUUGGAGUAGUUCUUUUAAGGAUAAUUACAGGUCAACCAGUGAUAAUAAUAAAGGAAGACACAACUCAUCAUAUAAUUCAACGGGUUAAUUCAAUGAUUGCUGAAGGGGAUAUAACAAAAGUUGUUGACUCAAGGUUACAAGGAGAUUUUGACAAUAAUUCUGCAUGGAAAGCGGUUGAAAUAGCAAUGGCCUCUGUAUCUGCCACUUCAGUGCAAAGGCCAUACAUGAGAGAUAUAGUGACACAGUUGAAGGACUGUUUGGCCGCAGAGUUAGCCCGAAAACAUAAUAUUUGUGACCUUCAAAAUGAAGAUUUAGUUGAACAGUUCAGUGUGAAUUUAAUUAGUACUGAUAUGACUCCAUCAGCUAGAUAG